UUGCCCACAGAUUUCACUAUUGAGAUUCCAAUUCAAGCAAGAUUAGUAUAAGUUGACUUAUCACAAUUUUCUUCAAUUUGGAAAGUUCACGAUAUAUUUGCUUUGCUAUUAUAUACUUCCUCUUCAUUUCUCUUGCCCGAAAUCAUAAAGCUAAAGAACCUUUGGAGCAAUUUAUCUCUCUGUAGCCACUCUCAACACUAAAAGAUUUUACUUCCAACAAUCAUAAAAGAGGCCAAAGCUAACUGAUAUGGAGGACAUUGAUAUUUGUGAAAGAACUCCUGCUCUUACUUCUGCAGAGCCUUCCACCCGACGUAGUUAUGCAUCAGCUGAUGAAGAGCUAGUGGGUUUCGACGAUGAUGCGAGAAAUGUAAUUCAAAAAUUGAUUGGAGGGCCAACAGAGCUGGACAUUAUCUCGAUCGUUGGAAUGGGCGGGAUAGGUAAAACAACUUUGGCUAGAAUGUUAUACAAUAAUCAUUCUACUCACUUUGAUGUUCAAGUGUGGUGCACCGUUUCAGAAACAUAUAAUGUGAGAGAGCUGUUGCUUGAGAUGCUAAAACAAAUUAUGGGUGAUACGCAUGUUACUAUAAAUGAUUAUAGCAUAGUUGACGUGUUGAGUAAGAUUCUAAGAACAAAGAAAUAUCUCAUCGUGUUGGAUGAUAUAUGGGAAGUCAAGGUAUGGGAGGAAUUGCGAUUAUCUUUCCCUGAUGGAGGAAAUGGAAGUAGAAUAAUGCUAACAACUCGAUCUGCUGAAGUGGCUAUGGAGCUUAAGCACCAUAGUGAUCCAUAUUUUCUUUCAUGUCUUAGUGAUAAACAGAGUUGGGAAUUAUUGCAGAAGAAAGUAUUUCAAGGGGAAAGCUGUCCUCCGGAGCUACAGAGUGUAGGAGCAGAAAUUGCCACACUCACUAAGGGAUUGCCUCUGGCUGUUACCGUGAUUGCUGGAAUUCUUUCGCAAAUGGAAAGGCAAGCUUCUUUGUGGCUUGAGGUUGCACAUAAGUUAUGUCCCAGUUCUUUAGAACAGCAGUUGAUGGGGGUGAUGCAAUUAAGUUACGACCAUUUAGAGGAUCAUUUAAAACCUUGCCUUCUGUACAUGGGAUUGUUUCCUAAACGUUAUGAAAUUCCAGUAUCGGAUUUGCUAAAGUGGUGGAUAGCUGAGGAGUUUGUGCAGAACAUUGACACGUUGAAGCUAGAAGAAACAUCAAGGAGUUGCUUGUAUGAUCUUGUUAGCAGAAGCCUAGUAAUGGUUUCUAAAAGAAGAACUAAUGGUGAAAUAAAAUAUUGCACAGUUCAUGAUCAAGUGCGUGAGUUUUGCAUGGAAAAAAUUACAAAAGAGAAGUUUAUGCAGCCCUUAGUGCCUUAUAAUCCACGUCAAACUUCGGAUUCAGAUGAACAAAGGUUAUGCAUGUAUAUACAUGGCACUAUGAAAAGUAAUAUCUCCAAGGAAAUGGAGUCUUUUGGACAACGUCAAAGGCCACUGGAGUUCAUUGCUCAUCCGAAAUUCAGUAUAUCUGAAAGUAAGAGGCGGCUUUUCCCUUUACUCAACAACUUAAGACUUAUCCGGGUGUUGCAUUUAUUGGAUAUCUACUUGCAAGAUUCUUGGGCUGCUGCAUUUCAAUCACUAACUCACUUGAGGUUCCUUGCAAUUUUUGUCAAAGCAUUUAAUAUCAACUGGGUAUCGCACCUACUCCAACUACAAACCUUGCGGGUUCGUUCAUCUUAUAUAAUGAUAUCACCUGCUAUUUGGAAAAUGGCAAAGUUGAGGCAUGUGGAUAUAAACGAAUUCUCCAUAACAUGGGAAGAAUCUUCAGAAAUUGUGUUACACAACUUGAAGACUCUUGGCAUGUGCUAUAUGUCCGUGUCUGACAUGAAUCCGAAGUUCUGGGGGAAGUUUCCAAAUCUUGAAGAACUCAGUGUCCAUAUUGAUGAAUUUGGCAAUGUUCCUCAUUUAUUCUCUGUUUCCCAUGCCAGUGUCAAUCGGGAAAUCAGAUAGAUACUUUGUCUUCCCCUCAAGUCUUAAGGUAUUGUCCCUUAGUGACAUUUUCCUAACGGACGAAAUAGUUUCAGGAAUUGCAGAACUGCCAGAUCUUGUGACUCUUAAACUAUCCGAGAUAUACUUUACUGGGGAAAAGCAAUGGGACCUCAGUGAUCACGAGUUCGAGACACUCAAAGUUUUGAAAUUGCAUCAUGUGUUUAUGACUAAGUGGAUUUGCUCAGAGGAAUCAUUUCCCCUGCUUGAAAAACUAGUUAUAAAGAGUUGUUCCAAGCUUGAAGAAAUCCCGUCUAGCUUAGUGGAUAUUCAAACACUGCAAUUGAUUAAAGUGAUCGACUGUAGCGACUCAGUUGGAAAUUCAGCUGUGGAGAUUAAAAUAGAAGUAGAAGAAUGCACAGGAUGUGACAGCCUUCAAGUUCUUAUCUUAAAGACCAAAAACGCAUCCACCUAGAUGCGACUUCAGAGCUGCACGGUACUCCAGAAUAUCUGUUGGACUCAGUGACCUUUUGAUCAGAGGAGACAUCAGUAGAAGCUAAACCAUUGCAAAAGUCCUAUUUCCCUGAUGAGACGACGAAAGGUUCCACUUUGUGGAUGGGUUGAUUUGCAUAUCAGAUUUGCGAUUGAAUUAUUAAUGCCUGGAUAUUGAUUUCGAUGUAUUUAUAGUUUUUGUUAUUUGCAACUGCUAGGUCUGAAGAGGGUAGUAUGUACGCAGACCUUACCCCUACUUUGUGGAGGUAGAUAUGUUGUUUCUAAUAGACCCUCGGCUCAUGAAAGCUCUGAUAUGUAUUGUCACAAAUUCUUCUACUGUUGUCUGUGGAUGGGUUCAUUUGUCUCUUUAGCGUGCCUGUUGUAAAUGCAUCUCUUCUUCUUAUAAAAAAAAUAGAUUUCUUCUUUUUUUCA